AUACUAUGAAAAACCCCAUGCAUAAAUAAACAAUAAUGCUAUUCGUCGACGUUAAUCGUUUGUAUCUAACGGACAGUAUUUUUAAAGAAGUAUUUUAAGAUUUUACUGAGGUGAGAAAAUGCAGCAAUCAUAUGAUGAUACCCAAUUUUUUUGUAAACUCGGUAAAAAAAAAAGAAUAAUUCAUAACUAGGCCUAACAAAAUUAUUUGUUUAAAAUUGACGUUUUCAUAUCUAUAUACUGUAUAUAUACAGUAUAUAUAUUUAUAUCUACCAAACUUUCAUCUUAAAAUUCUAUCUCUACAGAUUGUCAAAAUAAUGACGAAAAUCAACAUCUUUAUUUUAACCGCAAUUUUUCUAUUGACCAAUGUCUUAUACACAUAUACUGAAGGUAAUGGCGCAAAGGAUCUACUUACAAUAGAUGAUCAGUUAUACUCAGUAGACCAUGACAAUUUAAGAGUUAAGCCCAGUUUUAGAAAGCCACUUAAUUCUGAUGGAGAAAAUCGGCGCAGAAAAAAGAAGAGACGGCGUCAUAGGAGACCAACAUUACCUCCAAGGCCUUUGAAUGCACAUAAGAAGGACGUGAUCUGGUUUGAAGAAUCUCGUUCUUAUGCUUUAAAAUUGUCGGCGGAUCCAAGAUUUCCUUUAAGAUUGCGACCAAAUCCAGCACAGGGUAGUCCUUGGCCCCUCCCUCAACAAUACGAUACGUUUGAACAAGAGUUUUUUAUUCAGCCUGAUUCAUUUACAAUUCACGCUGCUGGUGAGACCUGCGAUAUACUAAGAUUCGCUUUCAGAAGAAUUAGGAAAAAUAUGUUUGGUCAUGGUUCAGUUCAAAGCGAUGGUUAUGAACGUCAAAAUUUGAAUGACAAGGUUGAUGAAGAAUUACGUCAAUUAAAUGUUACAGUUUUAAAACCUUGUUCGAAAUGGCCUUCGCUUGCAAUGGACGAGGCUUAUGAUCUGGAAGUUAGGCGUUUUGGAGCGUCUAUAAUUGCAAGGGAGGUUUGGGGAGCAUUAAAGGGAUUGGAAACUUUUAGUCAAUUGGUUUAUAGAUCAUCUGAUAAUAUUUAUCGUAUUCAUCGAACACUUAUAAACGAUUUUCCUCGUUUCCCUCAUCGAGGCAUUCUGCUCGAUACGUCACGACACUUUUUAACAAAAGAGACAAUUAUAAUGAAUCUUGAAGCGAUGGCUCAGAAUAAAAUGAAUGUAUUUCAUUGGCACAUUGUAGACGAUCAAAGCUUUCCCUUCUACUCAAAGAAUUAUCCAAAUCUGACAAGAAUGGGCGCUUACUCUAAACACCAUAUUUAUAGCCCAGCAGACGUGGCUGAAAUUCUAGAAGAAGCAAGAUUGAGAGGAAUCCGGGUUAUACCGGAAUUUGAUACGCCAGGCCAUACAUGGAGCUGGGGUUUGGGCCAAGAUUUUCUUUUAACCCCUUGCUAUGACUUAUAUACUAAUGAACUAACUGAGAUGUUCGGACCAAUUAAUCCCAUACUUCGAGGCACAUACAACUUUCUAAGGAACUUUUUCACCGAAGUGUUAACAGUUUUUAAAGAUAAAUAUAUUCACUUAGGUGGAGACGAAGUGCCUUUCGAUUGCUGGAGUUUCAACCCCCAAAUCAGCAAUUUUAUGAAGAGAAAUAAUAUAACUAAUCCUCGUCAAUUGUUAGGAAUUUAUGAAAAGAAACUAUUUGAUAUUAUUAAUGACCUAGGGAGUAAACGAGCAACCGGGAGUAGCUAUGUGGUCUGGCAAGAAGUAUUUGAUAAUGGUCUUAAAAUUCAUCCGGAUACAAUUAUUGAGAUUUGGAUGGGCGAUGCUACUGAUAUUGAAAGGGUAACAAAUUCUGGUCUGAGAGCAAUUUAUUCGACUUGCUGGUAUUUGGACUAUAUAAAUACUGGUGUUGAUUGGGAUAAAUACUAUUUAUGUGAACAAUUAGAUCCUGCUGUAAUCGAUGAUAUGAACAUAAAAAACAUAUCAUUGUUGAUUGGAGGGGAAGCUUGCAUGUGGACGGAAUACGUUGACAACGAAAAUAUUUUAUCGAGAUUAUGGCCCAGAGCAUCAGCUGCUGCUGAGAGAUUAUGGAGCGAUAAGAGAGUACGAGAUGUGCAAGCAGCAGCUCCUCGAAUUGAAAUGCAAAGAUGUCGAAUGUUAGCCACAGGAAUACCAGUUGGUGUUCUAUCUGGACCAGGAAGCUGUCCGAGCAUGGGUCCUGGUCCAGGAGCAAAGAGAAAUGAAAAUGACGUUGUUAGUCCGCAAAGACAACGAAAAGGAGUUGAUUUAUUCAAGUUUCGCUCAGAUGAUGAUAUUCAAUCGGACAGAGAAGAUUUAGCAAAGCAUACGGUCCCGAAACGAUCAAAAUUCGAUAGCGACGAAAUUCAAGUACGACAAUACAGCGAUAAUGCUCAACUGUCAACAAGACCUAAGGCAUACUGUAGUGUUGUCUACUUGGUCGAUAUGUCAGCUAUGUAUGUUAUUCCUGUCAUAAUCGUUCUUAUUCUCUUCCUCUAUAUUCUUAUUAAUUCGACUGGUCAGGAAGGAUCCAGAAUAACCAUUUUACCAACUUUGUUUACAAGGACUCCUGGAAAAAGACCGCUUAUCGCCAUUUUUGUGUUUUUUAUAUUGAUAUGGGUUGUCUGGUCUGCUCCGAUUUGGAUGAACACAUGGGAGAAAACUCACGCCAAGAGGGUGGCGAAAACAAGAAUCGAAGAAUAA